AUGGCGCGCAUGCUCAGCGCCCUUGCCACCGGCAUGGGCUUGCUGACUGACAAGUAUAUGCUCGGUGCCACGAACUUUGUUGAGCAUUAUGCCACUGAUUUCCACGCGACUAAUGCGCAGAAGGAUUUUGUCAAAGCUGCCAUGUAUGGCGGGGCCAUCGUUGGUAUGCUCGUCAUGGGUCCAGCUUCUGACUACAUCGGUCGCCGCAUGGGCCUCAUUGUCUGUUCCAUUAUCACCCUUAUUGGCGCGCUGCUUUCAGCUCUUGCCUGGAGUGAGGAUGCCCUCAUUGUAGCACGCAUCAUUACUGGCAUUGGCAUGGGGGGUGAGUACCCACUGGCCUCAUCGCAUUCUGCUGAGUCCUCGGAGAAGACCAGCGACGGUGCCCGCAAUGUGGCCUUGCUUUACCUGUUCGGAAGCGGCUUUGGCCAAGCACUCUGCCCGAUGGUGACCUACAUAAUGGACGUCGCUGGCGUCCCGCAUGAGAUAUUGUGGCGGUGGAUCUUCGGAGUGGGUGUUAUUCUUUCAGCCUUGGGCUUGGUCUUGCGAUACCUGACCAUCCAGGACAGCCUGAAGUUUGUGCAAGGAAAGGAGGCGGAAGAGAAGCAUCACGACACUACCUGGACCAUCCUAUCACCGUAUUGGAGGGCGAUCGCGGGCACUGCCGGAUGCUGGUUCCUCUUUGACACAGUCGAAUACGGUCUGAAGCAGAACGAUGCAGCGAUUUUCAACUCGGACGGCAGUGGCCCCUACUCGGAUGGUAUCCUCGAGGUGUUGUGGAGUCGCCUUCUCGUGAUCCCCUCGUUGAUAUUUGCCCCGUGGUUUCUGACGAAGACCUCCAGCAAGCGUGUCCAAUUUCUUGGUUUCCUUGGAUGUGCGAUUGCCAACCUCAUCUUGGCAGUAGCUUACAAACAGUUGCGAGAGAUGUCCACUCUGUUCUUCACGUUCUACAUCGUGCAGCUCUCCUUCCAGAGCUUGCCUGGGGUCACGACCAUGGCGAUCUCGGCAGAGAUCUAUCCUAGCAUGGUCCGCGGCACUGGCGCCGGCAUUAGCGCAGCCUUCGGAAAGCUUGGUGCCACCGUUGGCUCUUACUUCUUCUCGGAGCUCAAGAACUUGGGGAACAUCAGUGGGAUUUUUUGGACUGUGUUUGCGGCUUCCUCCUUGGCCAUGCUCCUCACCGCGAUAGGCAUUCCGUACUACAACGGCAACACCCUCGAUGAAGCUGAUGC